AUGAGUUACUGGCUAUCAUCAUCGCCUUCCGGGCCUUGUGAUCCUUCAAACCAGAAGACCAAAGCUUUGAAACAAAAGAAACUAGUUUUUCGACCUCCCUCGCUGAAGCUUCGAAGGAAACACUUCAGUCUGGAAACCAAAGUCGCAGCUCUCCGAGGCACUGUUUCAGGUCAAUCGAGUCCCAUAGUCAAUAAAGAAGUGCAGACAAUGCCAGCACAGGUUGCAGACACCACCCAUGGCCCGUCUGGAUCGGCCCCAGGGGCCCCUGCUAAACACAUGGCAGCCGACACUAAAAAGACUCAAGGUCAACCACACCAUCUGGGUCUCAAAGAAGAAGACAUCGCUAGCGGGAACGCCGGGGACACUCGGUCUGCCUCCCCGCGGAAAUCUUUAGACACUAUGAUUGACUUGGAAUCACCCCAGGAUUCUGAAGCUGAUUCUGAAAUUUCUCCAUUGUCGGACUAUCCCCAUCCAUUGCGUUCAGCUUCCCGCUUGGCCCGCUUCUUCCCAGAGCUAUCCUCGCACUUCGCCGUUGUCUCCCCGGUCAGUGCUGAUUCCAAAAUGGACCGCUCGACGGGGCCCUCUUUUUUCGAACGAGAACUAGAAGAACGCGUGCAGUCUUUAUAUCGAAGCUCUUCAGAUGUCGCAACCGAUGCACAUGGGGCUGUCGAUAAACCGCAGAUCACCUUCUCGUCUUCUGGGUCUGAUGGGACUUUGGAUUGUGCUUCAUCAUGCUACAGUCAUCGCACUUCGGUGACCAGCGUCGGCAGCACGUUCUGGGGAGAUGAUGGACGACACCCCUACAAAACGGCAGAUGCAUACUCAAUCUAUUCUCCCGUCGCCGCCGGUGUCUUCGACGAUGCCGAUUCCAUCUGUUCCUCGCGGCCUUCGUCAAUAGUUGCGCCCUGCCACCCACACGUGUCAAAACUCGCCCGCCCAAUGCCCAUCGCCAAAAAGGCAUCGAUGAACGAUCUCAAGAACAAGCCCUUGCCACUAGAGCCAUUCUACGGUCCCAGUUCAGCACCGAGUCACCACGACGACUCCCCCCUUUCGGCAGUUUCACCACACCUCAGAUCCAAGUGGUCAACGCAUUUCUCAAAGAGAGACUCACUGAUCUCGUUGCAACAUCCCGCCACAAUGAGCCACGACGACUGGAAGCAUUCCAUGUUACACCAGUUGAAUACCCACCGAGAUUCCAAAGAUCCGUUCCAUACAUGCGGACACAGUCAGCAUCAGCCGCAGCGUCAGGGUCGACAAGGGUCAGAUCUGGUAGUCGCUGGUCAUCGAGCUCGCCAUGUCCCAACAUUGUCGCAGGCCACCGAGGAACUUGAGGAUGCCCUGGCGGGCCUGGGUCAUCAAAAUUUGUCUCACAAAACGCCAUUGAUCCUUGAUGGGCCGUUGCAGAUCAGCCGCCAUAAUGGGGACUUGAUUGCUACCCGGCCCGCGCCCCUCCCCCCUUCCACCAAGCCUCACUCACAAACCCCGCAAGGGAAGUUCACACUGAAGAACAGUGGGGUCAACACAAUUAAAUCAAUAGGGUCAAGUCCAACCAAAGAAAAAAGUCAAAAACUCAGUAAGAGAGAAGCGAAAGACAAGCGAUCGGGCAGGGAUAGGGAGAAGGAGAUGGAUGAAAAGGCCGACGCCAAAACCACUCCAACUUCCAAAGAGACCAUCAAAAAGGCAAAAUCCAAGAAAUCAUUCCUGGCCUUUCGCAAGCAAAGCCCAGCGCCACGCGAUGCAGUUAGCGUCAGCUCCCGGUCGGAAGAUCCCCUUCACAUGACAUUAGAAGGGCAUUCUUCCGAUCCCCUCGAUCUGGCCCCCACGCACAACAGCCUGUUGCUUCAAUUACCUCGUCUACAAACUAAUGGUCUCCGGAAUCCCUUCAAUCACGUUGCGGAACAAGCAUUGUUACCGGGUAGCCCUGGCCCGGUCGCCAUGGAGGGCGUGAAACUAGAGGAGAAGCCCAUAGCCUCCAAAAUCCGUCAGAGCUGGGCUCUGGUCUCGACUGCCCAGGCGAGCAGCGUCCAACUCACCGAACACAUCUAUGAACUUCCCGCUACUCCCCCGUCACCUUUAUCUGCAUUCCAUUCUGAGGCUGAGCGCAAUGUCCCAGUCAAUAUCCCUCUCCCCGAAGAUAUGCCAGUUGAUUUGAUUUUAUCAAUCAUGCAGAACAUCGACUCUCUAGAUGACCUUUUCAACUUCGCCCUCGUCAACAAAAAGAUAUACAUUGCGUUCAAAGGUCGCGAGUUGUCCAUGCUGAAAAAUGCCCUGUUCAAAAUGUCCCCGCCCGCAUGGGAAAUGCGCGAGAUGAGUCCGCCAUGGGAAAUGGAGUGGCAGCUACUUGUAGAUCCUGACUCCCAGGUUCCAGAAUACACGCCCACGCUGUAUCUACAAAGGUACGCGCAGGAUAUAUACACCCUUGCCAAGCUGAAGGCAUUGGUUCUUGCGAGGUGCGCUCCGUUCCUCCGUCGUGAUACUAUUCGCGGUCUGGCGGGCGUGGACAUCACCCGCGCUGAGGAAGUCGACGAUGCGUUCUGGCGGCUCUGGACCUUCUGCCGGAUUUUUGGCAGUGGUAAGGGACGGGAGAAUGAUAUCGCUGGCCAAAUGGACUGGUUAAAGGGUGGUGUUCAGGCGAAGAAUCAUUUCACCUCGGCUUCGAUGAUAACACAGCCUUUCGGUAUGAAUAACGUUCUAUUUGAGCCCCCCGAUGGAUUCGGUCGUGGGAAUCUUUCCGGCUUAUCGCAGAAGCAAAUGUACGACCUAACGGAGAUCUGGACGUGCAUGGGUGUUCUAUUACAGCCGUUGCAUGGAAAGCGCAUUGAAGCUCGCAAGGUCGGCGUUUUCGAUAACAUGAACGUCCCAGAUGGUGAUCUGGCUCGCGAAGAGACUGUUCUCGAGGAAUGGACUUCAUACAUUCUCACGCUCGGUCUAGGCGCAGUCCUAACACUCAGCUCAAUCUGCCCAGCCGAUACCACCGCCGCCACAUUCACUAAGGCCAAGUCAAUCGGUCUCACCAAAUGGGAAGCAGCCGAAACCGAAGCAAGUCGAUCAUCAUUCCUAAAAGAAGCAGUCUCGCGCGCCUAUGAUCUCCAAGAACGGGCCCUUGACAGCCCAACCGAAAUCAGCCCGCAAAAAACAAACCCUGCCGAAAGUGAUCGCGAGAUCCGUGAGCGCCAAGCUGGAUUCGCCUACGAGCUUCGUCAUCGCCGUGAGCGCGGUCUCGAUCCAGAUCCCGAAGGCCGGUUUUCCUUCUCUGCCGAACGGCCUAUGUCGGAGUUCAGCACUAUUGUUCAUAAUCUCAACGCUUCGCUUCAGGAUCACCGGCCCAUUCCAUCUGUGCCUGCGCUCGUUCUUGACAGGUCCUCGACUUCGACUGCUGGGACGGCUCCACAGACCCCAACUCAUCCGUUCGACCCUGCCAGUGUCUUUGCAUCGUCGCAUACUCCACCGACAGCUAUGGUGUCACUGCCUCUGAGGCCGCAGGUUCUGGAUCCUGUUGACCGCGCCAUUGAUAUGAUGGUUAAUGAGCUUGGCUUUAGUACGCAAGAUGCUAAGUGGGCUCUUAAGAUUACAGAUACUGGUGAAGGGAUUGAUGCUACCGCUGCUGUGCAGUUGCUUCAGCGUCAGCGGAAGAAGAAUGAGCGCAAUCCCUUUGGUCAAGGUGAUACCCUACUGUCGGAUGUUAUUAAGCGUCAAAAGUCACAGGAAUUGGGCUGGCACUGGGCUUGA